AUGAAGGCCUCCGCCUUACUUAUCUCAUGGCACAACGACAAUGCCCCCAUUUACUCUGUCAAUUUUGACCCCAAUGGCAAAGGUCGCUUAGCAACUGCUGGAAACGAUAAUAACGUCCGACUAUGGAGAGUCGAAUCCACUGGGGAGGAACGAAAAGUGACAUAUUUGAGUACACUUUUGAAACAUACCCAGGCAGUCAAUGUUGUUCGUUUUUGUCCAAAAGGUGAGAUGCUAGCAUCUGCCGGAGAUGACGGUAAUGUUUUACUCUGGGUCCCAUCAGAGCUUCAGACGCAGCCUGGUCUCGGCGAGGACCCUUCAGAUGACAAGGAAACAUGGCGAGUGAAGCAUAUGUGCCGUUCGUCCGGCGCGGAGAUCUACGACUUGGCCUGGUCGCCCGAUGGUGUAUUUAUCAUGACUGGAAGCAUGGACAACAUUGCCCGGAUUUACAACGCCCAAAAUGGUCAAAUGGUCCGACAGAUCGCAGAGCAUUCUCACUAUGUCCAAGGUGUCGCGUGGGACCCGCUUAACGAAUUUGUUGCGACUCAGUCCUCUGAUCGAUCAGUUCACAUUUACAGCUUAAAAACCAAGGAUGGCCAGUUCACAUUGACUCCCCACGGCAAGGUAAUGAAAAUGGAUUUGCCAGCCAAACGCAUCUCUUCCAGCAGCCCUGCCCCAGAACAAACCAGUCGAUCGCAACAUAGCACAAGUGGUUCAAUUGCGAUUGUUUCCCCUGCUCCAUCUACCCCGGGUACUCCAAUGGCAUCCAAUUUGCCUAUGGACCCACCUCCUGUUUCUCAUAGCCGUCGUUCCUCUUUCGGCUCAUCACCAUCGAUUCGACGAUCCGCAUCUCCUGCUCCGUCUUUGCCGCUGCCCGCCGUGAAGCCCUUGGAGGUGUCUUCGCCAAGUCUUGGUGGUCUCGGAGGUCUCGGGGUAAAGAAUGCCAGCAUUUAUGCCAAUGAGACCUUCACCUCAUUUUUCCGACGAUUGACAUUUGCGCCUGAUGGAAGCCUGUUGUUUACACCGGCUGGUCAGUAUAAGACUACUCACGUCUCACCUACUGAUGCUUCAAAAACAACGGACGAAGUAAUCAACACCGUUUAUGUUUAUACGCGAGCUGGAUUCAACAAGCCACCAAUUUCUCACCUCCCGGGGCACAAGAAGCCCUCGGUUGCUGUGAAAUGCUCGCCCAUUUUCUACACUCUCAAGCAAGGCACACUCCCUGCGAAACAUCUCACUGUUGAUACAUCAAACGAAGAGUCUAUGUUUCCUCCAUUGCCCGGUCCAGUUGUUUCACACCCUCAGAAAGAUUCACCUUCCUCAGCACCUACGAGUGGCGAUGCUGGAAAAUCUCAAUCCUCGCAGAAGCCCGGCGAGAGUAGCAGCAACGAUUCAGCCCAGGGAUCAACAGCCCCUGUUUUCGCACUUCCCUACCGCAUAGUAUAUGCGGUGGCCACCCAGGAUGCUGUUUUGAUCUAUGACACACAGCAGCAAACCCCCUUGUGCGUUGUGAGCAAUUUGCAUUUCGCAACUUUCACCGACUUGACCUGGUCCAACGAUGGAUUAACAUUAAUCAUGAGCUCUUCUGAUGGAUUCUGCUCCACCCUUUCAUUUGCACCAGGAGAACUGGGCCAGCCUUACACGGGAUCUACUUCAGUGGGUGCUGCCAACCCGGCCGCCUCUAGCACUUCCUCGGCGAAUGUUACACCUUUGCCAACUCCGACCCACGCUCCGUCUCCCAUCAAAAGCAACCAUACACUAGCCACUAGUGGGAGCUCCACAACGCCUGGGACAUCUCAGGCUCCCCCAGCUAGCCCUGCUCGAUCCAAUUCCGCCUGCUCGGUUACAACACAAUCAUCGUCCCAGCAUAAUAGUACGGUGGUAAAUAACCCAACGCCGACAUUGGGAUCCGUUCCUCUAGUGACGGCCGCACACUCUGCGCAGCCCAUAACACUUCCACUCACCACACCACCCCAAACACCUCUUCCAGCAGGUGCUCAGAAUAACAAUAGCGCAAACACAAGCACGGUCAGUGUACUUGGCAAGCGAGAUACGCGAACCGCUAGCGAGUCUGAAAAGGAAGAGAGCAAGGGUGCCGAGGUGCCCCUGGCCCAGCCACCGAAGAAAAGACGAAUCGCUCCGACACUUGUUUCAGUUGGCACUGAUCCAGCACCAUCAUCAUCAACAGGCGAUGCUGGAAACACUUGA